AUGGAUAGCGAAUUAUCAUCUGUGGAAGAGUUUGAGGAUUCUGCUGCCUUAGUCGAAAGUUCCGAUCAGGGAUUGCUCUCUGACCAGGAAAAUGGUGCAGAAACCCAAUAUGAUGAAGAAGAGGACGAAGCAGAAGACGAUGAAGAUGAUUACCAAGAAGACGAAAAGGAAGAAGAAGAGUACAAGCCGGAGACAAAACGAAUUACAGCAAAAGUACAUAAACCGAGGAAACCAAAAAGACAAACCACGAUAAAGAAAGCGAAGGAUGUCCCAAUUCCUAGUCGCCAGUCUUCUCGUGUGAGGAAGCAUGUCGAUUACGAUCAAACUAUUAACGAUGAGGAAUUUUUAGAUGAUAUCGCCAUUCAAGAAGAGGAGGAAAAACCUGGCCCAACGAAGAAAAGAAAAUCUAAAAUUGAACUCAUAGAGGAUGAUCAAGAUGAUGAUGAUGAUGAUGAUGAUGAUGAUGAUGAUGAUGACCUUGAUGACCAUUUUGAUGACCAGGAAGAUUUAGAAAGCACUGGAUUCGGUGCUGAAGACGAAGACGAUGAAGAUAAUAAUACUGUAAACAAUGACAUCGAUACCGUCAUGAACGAUGUCGAUGAUGCCGAUGAUGACAGAGCAGAUAGUCCUAGCUAUUCGAACUCUGAGACACCUGAGACGACUGUUGUCAAAAACCAACAACGUCGUUCACAAAUGCUAGAAAACCUUAUUGGACUGCAAGCCAAGAGGCACGGUAACAGAAAGGAGUUAACAGAAGAAGAAAUGCAGUUGCGAAAGGCUGAGACAGCUCGUAAACGUAAGAAUUUCAUUGAGAAGAGACUGGAGGAGGAGAAGCAAGAUGUUUUAAACAAAUUAUUGAAGAGACGGGCUACAAAAACAAAAUCGGAUCCUAAAUCAAUCAAUACUCCCGCAUCAAACGGAGAAGACGAAGCCACGUAUUCCAAGCAGAGGAGGCCCUAUAUUACUGCUGGAAUGACGAGAACGAUCAUAAACAAAACAGGGAUAACGUACUCACUCCCGUAA